AUUUCCAAAAAGACUGUUGAAUUUGCCAUUUUUGAAAUCUCAGACUUUCCAUUGGUUUGUUUUCCGCAAAUCAUGAUGGAAAAUACAGCUCUUCUGCUAAUUGACAUCCAGCAUGAUUUCUUGGAAGAGGGAUCAUUAGCUGUACCUCAUGCUUCAGAGAUCUUUCCUGCAGUCAAUCGUUUGAUUCAAGCUGUGAAAGAUAAAGGGGGUCUGAUUGUCGCGUCGCAGGACUGGCACCCUCAAGACCACGUCAGUUUCGGUUCCAAUCAUGCAGGCAACAAACCCUUUGAAACCAUUACCAUCCAGUACGAAAAUGAAGCGAUAUCACAAACUUUGUGGCCCGACCAUUGCGUGCAAGGAACUUAUGGAGCGACUAUUUCGGAAAAGAUUUCUAUCAGCGACAUUAGCCAUGUGGUGAAGAAGGGAACCAAUCGCAUGGUAGAUUCUUACAGCGCGUUCGCGGACAACAAAUAUUUCGAGAUCACUGAACUCGCAAAACUCUUAUACCAAAAGAAGAUUGAAACGGUGAUUGUAGUGGGCUUGGCGGCCGACUACUGUGUCAAGCUCACUUGCCUGGAUGCUAUCAAGUUUGGUUUUAAAACAAUUCUGGUAAAGGAAGGUACGCGGGCAGUGUUUCCCGAAGCCUUCAAUGCCACAAUGGAUGAAUUACGCAGUAAAGGGGUGUCGGUCGCUAGCAUAGACGAUGAUGCAUUUGCGAACGUAUAUCUGUCUCCAUAAUAAAAUCAGAUGACAAGCGGGGUGUCGCUCAUUCAAUAUCUCGGA